UGUUUUCGAAGUUGGGAACAAAAUGAAAAGUAGAAAGAUAGCCUUAUAGAAAAGAACACAAUGUAUGCAUCAACAGAAGAAACAACUUAUGCAAAUCGAGCAGCUCGUUUGAUAUGUGGACCGUGCAAAGGUCAAAUGAGGGAUUUGCUAGAACAUUACGUACCAAGCAAAUCUUUUCAUUACGUACUUAAACACAAUUAUAAAAACCUACCAAAAUUGACAUUUUCUCAGCGAAAUCUUAUUUCCCCAAAAUCCGGUUCCUACAAUGGAAAUUAUGAGGAUUUUGACUUAUCAUUACUCUAUGUCUUGUUGCGAAGCAUAUGUGGUCUAAGUGAACCAACCAACGGUUGGGACGACAAACCAGAUGACAGUGACAGGUCCAUAUCUGCAAACAUAGCGAGAAUAAGAGAAGCCAGAAACACGAUUGCUCACUUACCGAACUACUCUAUGAAUAGAAAAGAUUUUCAAGCAUUGUGGACAAUGGUAAAAAUGUCUAUCAUUGAUAUUGAUACAUAUUUAAGUAACAGCAAAUUUUAUGAAAAGGAGGCUGAGUUUUUAGAAACAGAAACAAUGGAUCCGGAACGGGACAAGAAAUACCAAGAUGAUUUACGUUUACUUGCAAAACAGGAAGAGGAUUUGAAAACUCAGAUAAAACACACGAAUGAACGUAUUGAUAAGCAAGAAGAUGCUCUGCAGCUUUUUUCUAAGGAUCUGGAACGUCUAAAGAAGAUAGUGAAAAAACAAAACGAGGUUGCAGAAAGCCAAAAAACCAAUAUUUUGCCACACAGUGAAGCAUCUUAUCUGCUUGAAGAUUCCAUAGAAUGUACAAAUCAAGCUCAACGCCUAUUAGAAAAAGCAGAGGCAAAACUAGCAGACGCAGCUAGAUUAAUAAAAGAUGCCCAGCUAAGAGCACACAUUGAAAAAGAGGUGUUUAUGUUGACAGAUAGAACCAGACAUAUUUUGAGAAGGCAUUGCGAGUCACAGUCAUAUGCAGAACUUUGUUUUGUUCAGCAAACCAUUCAACAGCUUGAAGAAAAAAAGAUUUCCAUUAUCUCUGGAGAAAUUGGUUCUGGUAAAACAUGCACUGCAUAUCAGGUGAUGUGCAAGUUAGAAAAAUUAAAACGUGAAUUAUUUCGUAUUCCUGUCAUUGUUUCUUCUCCUCAAGAAUGGGAAGCUGUUAUUGUUACCAAAUGUCGGUACGUUAUUUUGCUGGAUGAUAUUUUUGGCAGAGUUUGCAUUAGUAAAAAUUCUUAUUACGAAUGGAAUGCCUUUCUGGACAAAAUGUACUCGGAUGUUGAAACAACUAACCAACACGUCAUUCUCUGUAUGCGGACAAACAUACUUAAUCAAGCUUUGGAUAUUUUUUCGAAGAAAAAAAUGUUUAGAUGUGCAGGGCAUAUUAAGCAUGACAUUUCAAUUGAAGAAAAACGAAAAAUUAUAAGACAAUUCUCUAUUUCCUGUCUAGAUGAAUCAAAUCACAUACAUGGUACCAAAAAGCUUAUCGAAUCUGAGAUAGAGGAGAUUAUUGACACACAACUGUUUGACAAUUAUGGAUUUCCAUUACUUUGCUUUUUCUUUUUUGCAAAUAAAACAUUUUAUUCCAGUAAAGCUGAUUUCUUUAGAAAUGCAAAGAAUGCUCUUCGUAUAUUAAUAGACAGGAUGAUGAAUUCCGACAACAUUCAAGAGAAACUGGCUUAUUGUGUUCUUGUAUAUGUGUUGUUUAAAAAACAAAUCAAUCUUCAAAGCAUACCAGAGAAAGAACUAGUCUGUAUUUUGAACCUGAUAGGAAUAUCAUCAGAACACAUUGUGGAAAAUGAUAUGAGGAAUGCCUUGAUGAUCUUUCUGCAUGGAACAUUUCUUUCAUCAACCACUGAAGGAGACAUAUUCGAACUUUCACAUGAUGUAAUAGGGGACGUUGUACUCGUUUCAUUUGGAAAGUUGCGACCAGAUAUACUUAUCAAAUACUGCAGUCGAGAAACAUUUCUAGAGUAUAUUGGACCCUUCGAAUCAUGCGAAAAUGAAAGCGUUUUAACAAUUACAAAAACUCACUACCAGUAUUUGGUGAACAGAAUGUUUCGUCGUGAUGAUUGUGACUGUGAUGAAGGUGAACUUCUAAAUGGGGCUCUGGAUAUUCUGUGGCAUCCUGCUUGUGAAAAUGAAAAAUUUGUUGCGUAUUUACUAGACCAUGGAGUCUCGGAGCAUAUGCCAGCAAUAUUAAGGAAGGUCUGGAAAUGUCUUGAAGAUGGAAAGCACGAAAAUGCAAUGUUAUUCCGAAAUUUACUACAAAGAUUUGGUCCAAUACAAGACAGUAGGGUAUGGACAAAUUCAUUAUCUGGAAUAACAACAUCUCUGAAAAAAAUCUUGGGUUUUGCGAAUCCUAAACCCUCUAUCAGUAUUACGAAAGAAAACAUUUCCUUGGCAUUGAAAGGCUCCAUUAUUCGUGGACAUGAGAAAAACACUCUGAGUAUUUUGACAUAUAUUAAAAAAGAUACAAAACUCCACGAUCUUCUUCAUCUGAAAGUAGAUGGAGUAAACAUAUUCCACCUGUGUAUUGCAUAUGGUUGGGAAACUGUUGUAAAUUUGAUGUUCGAGAUAAACCCUGAAUUAGAAGGAAAAAGUACUUUAGAUGGAUACACAGCCGUUCAUUUUGCUGCAUAUGGGGGUCGUACUGAACUUCUGAGAAUGUUAGAAGAAAAGAAUGCAAGCUUUAUCAGAAAAUCAAAGAACGAAUACUCUGCUUUUCAUUGCCUUUUGUUUGGAUUAAGAUACGGACAGCAUAUUGUGAGAGGACCAGCUUUUACCAAAAAAAUUAAGCUGGAUGUUAACCUCAAAUUUCCAGGGGAGAAAAGCUACAUGGAAGCAUUAGACAUCUUGGCGGAGAAAGGUUUGGACAUAUCAAAGGAUGUACAGUUUGAGGUUGAUCGGUAUGGUCACAAUAUCAUACACUACCUAAUAAUUCACAAUUACAAGGAACUACUAGUGAAAUGUCUCGGAGACAAAAAGUUAGAUUUUUUCUUUUUUAAAUCAAGCAAUCUUUUAUCCAAUCCCCUAAACGUUGCUGUCUAUUUGGGGCGAGCUGAAAUAGCUGAAAAGCUAUGGGAGGCUGGAGGAAGAGUAGAUAGAUCUCAAGAGAUAAGUCCAUUCGAUCUCAUAUCUGAAGGAAGAAAGUUUCAGGAUAAAACUGGAAGUAGAACUGGUGAAUGGUAUGAUGAAUUUGCAACAUACGAUACCCCAGAACAAUUCGAUAAAGAUGAAGUUCUACAGACCCGUAGCAUGCUUUCAAUAAUUGAGAAUGUCCUGGUGACAUAUGGGAAUAAAGACGAUUUUGAUACCAUACAAAUGUUCUUGGAGAGCCAUGUAUACAAAAAACCCAUCUAACCAAUUCAAUCCAAAAUAAUAAUAAUAAUAAGAAGAAGAAGAAGAAGAAGAAGAAAGACAGACAGACAAACAGAUAUACCAAAAAAUUCCAAUAUUUUGAAUUCUUUUGCUUGGUCUAAAAUAAUAGGUUAAUAAGUGUUAAAAGGACUUAGACGUAUGAACCUGAACUGUCCAUGAUAUUUAAGACCACAGAAAACAGCAACAAAAAUGAUUGAGAUAAAAAGUGUUUUCAUAGUGACAUGACAUAAUUUGUGCAAUUAAUCUAAAUGAGACAAUGCUGAAAUAUUAUAGGAUAGAUUUCAGUAACUUAAAUAGAUCUUGAUUCCCACGUAUAGUACCUCAUGGUAGAACUUUUAAUGAAUUUAAACAUAAGCCAUCAACUGAUUGCUGACAGGGCGUUUUAUAUCUAAUACCAAACCCUGCACGACUUUUUGCGCCCCUAUGUGUUUGUGCCUUUGAGCCUAAUUUUUCUCUAGACCUACAUGUAGCUGUUUAGAUAUUCCACGUUUGUUUUCUUAGAUUUAAAUAUGAUCCAUAGAAAAAAACUUUUGCACAUUAGAGGUUCUUGUAUAAGCCUUAAGGUCAAUAUUAUCAUUUUGAAAUUUUAAAUGAAACAAAUAUUUGUAGAAUUUUUGAAAAUAAUAUCUUGAUAGUGAAUCAAAACUUAUAACAUAAAAAAGGUUGAAGUAAUUUUGUCUACUUUUCAGCUAACAAUUUUGGAUAUCCAAAAAGUAGAUGAGCAAAUUGAUCAUACUUUUUCCAUUUCAUUCUUAAAGAUGGUGAAACAAGUACAUGUAUCUUACUUCUAAUUACGUGGACUACUAAUAGAAAGUGUAUAUAUAGUCACAGAAAAGUCUUCAAAUUUUAGUUCCGGGUGACAUUAUGAGUUUUAACAGGUGCAUAUACAAAUUUUUGUACUUAAUUCUUUACUUUUUGCUUUACAACAAUUAAGUACAUUUUAUGCCUUUUUGUAUUAGGAACAUUGCCGUUGGAUAAACGAAUUGCUUGAGUUACAAUAGAUAAUAAAUUUCUGAUAAAUUUC